AUGUCACUUACAACCAUGUCACCACUACUCAAGGGAGACGCACAUAAAGUAGGAGAAGGCCUGUUCAUCAUCUUGUUUUCCAUUCCAUCACGCAUCCCUAAAGCCAAUACUAAAUCCGACAUCAAACUCACUAGUAACUGCAUGGCAAUCACAAGUGUGAGUUGUAAUAUUUCCAUACAAAAAAGAAUGAGUUUUACAGAUUAUGUGGGACUUCCAAACUGCCCGACACUUGAUUUCGGGCAGCCGGGCAGAGGAAGUUCAUGUAGCCGGAUUCCAAUGAGAGUAACAAUGAGAGACCGAAGCAAGAACAGGAAACCAUUGCAAAAAGAAAAACAACAAGAAGUUAUUGAUUCCAAGUUUAGUAGAUUACUCAAGUUUGAUAUGAUGGCUAUCCUCCGUGAACUCCUUCGCCAAGAAAAUCCCAUUCUUGCCCUUCUGGUUUUUGCAGAAAUCAAAAAGGAAUAUUGGUAUAAACCACAAGUGUCAUUAUAUGCAGAAAUAAUCUCGGUUUUGGCAAAGAAUAACUUGUAUGAUGACGUGGAUAUGAUUUUUCUUGAAUUAAAAACUGAAAAAGUUAGAUUAGAGGCCAAAACCGAGGGGUUUAAUUUGUUUUUGGAAACUUUGAUGAGUUACAACAUCACUAGACUUGCCAUGGAUUGUUUUGAGUUGAUGAAAGAGGUUGAUUGUGAGCCUGAUAGAUCAACAUUUAAGUUAUUAGUAAGUUAUUUAGAAUCCAAAGGAGAAAGGAGCCUUUCUGAAAGUAUUAGGCAAGAAGCUCAGAAAUAUUAUGGUGAUUCUAUCGAGUAUGUAGAUGAGCAAGAUGAGAUGGCAAUUACUUAAGGUGUUUGUUUCUUUUUUAUUUAAUAGGGAAAUACUUAAUUUGAUAAGAUAUAUCAUGUAUAUGAGUGUUUCUUGGUUAUUUAGUAUAGAAAUAACGACUUAAUAGAAAAGGGAAAGGGAAAUGUGGCUGGUGCGUUGAAUUUUCGAUGGGUUUAUGUUAUCCCUACAUAUAUAUGUAUUGCCAUUUGGACUUUUUAUAGAUUGACAUUUAUUAAAGAG